CUAAUUGGCUAAGCGGACGCGCGCCCACUCCCUCCCUCACUCUCCCCCCUCCCCCCCUAAAAGUGCCGUGCUGCAUAUGGCGGCGCGGAGUUGCUGUGCGCUGUUGGGUAUGCUGUGAAGUAAAGUGGGAUUCCAUCUGAAGUCGAGGUAUAAAGAGAACAAAAACCAACGAAAACGCUGCUCAAAGAACCUAACGACGUAAAAACUAAAGAAAAAAGUAAAAAAUUUCCACCGCGCCAAGAAAGAUACCAAAGAAACCGAGCAGAGAACAACUAAAAGGGAACGUAAAAAUUGUAAUCUUUAAGACGAAUCAAGUUUGAAUCCAGCGUCGCCAAGUUUGUACCUACUCAACAGCUUCAAUCGGCACUCUGACUGCUGCAGUCCACACAACCUCUUUAACAAAAAAACAACAACAACAACAACAACCGCCCAGCCGCUGUGGUGGUACGCUGUGGUGGUACGCUGUGGUGGUACGCUGUGGUGGUACGCUGUGGUGGUACGUGUGUGCCAGCACGUGCCGUGUACCCCACCGCGCACCGCCGCGUGAGCCCAACGGCCGUCGCGCGGUCUCGUCAAAACCACAAGCAAGGCAAAGUCACGAAACGUGCACCUCUUUACGAAGAGACCUUCAACUGCAAUUUUUCCGAUACGAGUAAUUAAAAAAAAAAACGCGAGCAAGUCGCCGCGGUUGUGACGAUGGCCGGCGCUUGGAAGGGUUUCUCCUCCACGGCCGAGUUCCCUGUGUCCCUCUGCCCCUUGGAGUGCGCGGGUCCUGAUGGCGGUGGCGUCGUUGGUGGUGGAUGCCCCCCCGUGCCAGUCCGCGCGUCCCACGCUCUGGGCGUCUCCCCGUCGCACCGCUCCACCUCCCGCGCACAUCCGUCCUCCAGCCAGCAUCCUGCUCAGCGCAGACGCAAGCCACUGUACCAGCGCUCAAUGAGCUAUGACGCGAGCCUGUUGAACGGGGACGGCGUGACGGUGGGCCCUGUGCUGCGCGAGACCGGCUGCGUCGAGAAGCUGAUGCAGUCCUACGGCUUUGUCAAGUGCUACGAGCGCCAGGCGCGCCUCUUCUUCCACUACUCGCAGUUCCGCGGGCACGUGCAGGACCUCAAGGUCGGAGACGACGUGGAGUUCGAGGUGUCCACCGACCGCAAGACAGGCAAGCCCAUCGCCGUCAACCUGCUCAAGGUGAAGCCACCAGUCAAUUCGUUCGAGAUGCCCACGGAGGAACGCAUCGUGGGGCAGGUGGUGGCAGCCAUCCCGUCCGUCGGGGGCAAGGAAGGGGGCGGUGUCGGCGCGCUGCACAAGGGCAGCGUUUGCUAUGAGCGCAACGGGGAGGUGUUCUACCUGAACUUCUCGUGCGACGACGUGGAGGACGCCAUCGAUAUGGAAGUGGGAGACAAGGUCUCCUUCACCGUGGCCACGAACAAGCCCGUGGGGAGCAGCGGGUUCAUGAGCGCCAGCGGCGUGAAGCUCAUGGAGCGCAAGCGCCCCGACCGCUUCCAGGGCGUCGUGUGCGCCAUGAAGGAGACGUUUGGAUUCAUCGAGCGAGGGGACCAGGUGAAGGAGAUCUUCUUCCACUACAGCGAGUACAAGGGCAACCUUGAGACCCUGCAGCCUGGGGACGACGUUGAGUUCAGCAUCCAGGAUCGCAACAACAAGGAGGUGGCGACGGACAUCCGACUGCUGCCGGAGGGCACGGUGAUCUUCGAGGACAUCAGCAUCGAGCGCUUCAAGGGCGAGGUGCUGUGCGUGCUGCCCAAGGCUCCCAGCAAGAACCUGUCUGACCCCCUGCCGGGCCGGAUCCACAUGGAGUUCCCGACGGCGCGGGACCUCCCGUACGGCGAGAAGGACACGCGCAGCAAGGUGACGCUGCUGCCGGGGGACCAGGUGGAGUUCAGCAUCUCGACGGACCGGCGCGACGGGCUGGAGCGAGCCACCACCAUCACCCUGCUGUCCGAGACGUUCACCGCCUCCGACGAGAAGAGAGAAGUGGGCGUGGUGGCGGCCCUCCGCGACGGCUUCGGCUUCAUCAAGUGCGUGGAGCGGGAGCAGCGCAUGUUCUUCCACUACAGCGAGGUGAUGGACGACCCGCAAGCCCUGCGCAUCUCCGACGAGGUCGAGUUCACCGUCAUCCCGGUACGCACGAGCGAGCGGGCGGGCGGGCAGGACGCGAUGCUGCCGCAACGGAACCACGCGGUGCGGAUCCGGCGCCUGCCCAAGGGCUCGGUGUCGUUCAGCACCCGCCUGGACGAGCGCUACGUGGGCGUUGUGGAGCGCGAGGCCAUCGGAGCCGCCCCCAGCCCCUCUAAGGCCAAGGAGAAGAAGAGGGAGCGGGACCAGGAGCCGGGGAUCAUCGCUUACGAGGAGGAGGAGGGCGAGAAGAUGACCAUCUCGUACCUGUGCAAAGACGUGGAGGGACGCGGAGCGCCCAAAGUCGGCGACAAGGUGGAGUUCAGCAUUGCGGAGGUGAAGAGAAGCGGGCAGCGAAGCGCCGCCUGCGUCCGGGUGCUGAGCCGCCUCGCCAGUGGCGGCUCGGGCAACAGCAGCGGCGGCGGCGGCGGCGGCACCGUCUCCGGCGGCGGCGGCGGCGGCGGCGGCGGCAAGCGGCAGGUGGGCUUCAUCGCCACGCUCAAGGACAACUUCGGCUUCAUCGAGAACAUUCAGCACAACGCCGAGAUCUUCUUCCACUACAGCGAGUACAACGGCGACGUGGACUUGCUGGAGGUGGGCGACGCCGUCGAGUACUCGCUGUCCAAGACCAAGGCGAACAAGACGAGCGCUGACAAGGUGUCCAAGAUCACCAGCGGAAACGUGCCCAAGGACGACGUGCAGCCGACGAUUUACCUGGGCAAGGUGGCCCGGCCGCUCCGCAGCGUCGAUCCCCAGCAGGCCGAAUACCAGGGGCUGGUGGAGGUCACCGAGGACUGUGCCCUGAAGGGCGACACUUUCCCGUACGGCGUGGUGGGGCUGGCCAGUCGCUGCGAGUACCUGCAGAAGGGCGAAAACGUCAAAUUCCAGCUGUGCACAGUCACGGCCACCGGGGGGCUCAUGGCCUGCAACAUCACGCCCAUGCGCAAGCUGGAGAGGGCCUUCAUCGACUCGGUCAAGAGCGAGUUCGGCUUCAUCGCGUACGAGGUUGGCGACAGCAAGAAGCUCUUCUUCCACGUGAGCGAGGUGCUGGACGGCCUCGAGCUGAUGCCCAACGACGAGGUGGAGUUCCACGUGGUCUUCAACCCGCGCACCAGCAAGAGCAGUGCCUGCAACGUGCGCCGGAUCGGCGAGGCGUCGAAGAUGACUCCGUCCCCGCGGCCCGAGCGUCUGGUGAGCCGUCUCAAGAGCCUCACGCUGGACGACAACAGCGCCCCACGCCUCACCGUCACGCGGCAGCCUCGCGGGCCCGACAGCACCAAGGGCUUCACCGUGGAGCGAGUGCUGCGUCAGGUCGGGGUGGCCGAGUAAAGCGGCGCCGAGCGAGGAGCGGCGGCGGCGGCGUAGACCCGCGACGCCGUGGGGGGGGGGGGGGGGGUGGCCGCGUGUCUGACCCCCGCCGCCGUCGGCGCCGCGUGCCGCCGCUACCGCUCAACCGCACGCUCGGGCCGCGGCUUUGCCAGGCCCCUGCCCGCCCCCGCCCCCGUGUUUAUAACGCAGCCGGCCCCACGCGCCACGUGCUCAUAAACUCUCUCUCUCUCUCGUUGCCCCGUCUGCUGCAAUAGGCCCUUCGGGCCGCAUCGCACCACCACCAUCCCCCUCGCCCCCCUGCCCUCCGGCAUUGUAACCCUGCCCAGUUCACCCCUACAACUCCCAGCUCCAUCCGUCCCACCUUGGCCUUGCCUGACCCCCCUCCCGCAUGUCCCUGGGCCCUCAGUGGUAUGUCUGUCUCUCUGCGUGUGCGUGCGAGGAUGUGUGCGUGUGUGUGUGUAGGCCUGAGUGUCUUUGCCUUCAUGCGUCCGUGCGCGUGCGUGUCCAUGUUUCUCUGUGUGGCUAUCGACGUAGGUGCUAUCUGUUUUUGUGUGCCGUUUGUGUGCGCGUGUGUCCCGUGUGGUUUCGGGUGUUGUGUGACCGUGCGUGUCCACUUGUGUGUCUGGGCGCGUGUGUGUGUGUGUGUGUGCGCGCAUCUGCCUUUUUGUGUCGGGAGGUGUUCGCUCGCGUGUGUGUGUGUGUCAGUGGUUAGCAGCAGUGCAGCGGCUCACGCUACGCUGCGCUACGAACCCGGCGACCCAACAAAUUCCCGCUCUCACGGCCACCAACGCCGGUGACGAUUAUCUGAACCGGUCCUGGUCCUCCCCUUGGUCGACUGGAACCUCAAAUGAGUACCUGGGUGCGGCGCGUAGUAAACAUCGCCACUGGGGAGACGACGUGCGGCCUGAACAUCGUACUGGCCACCCUGGGGGGGGACCCCCCUCCUGUGCCGUGCCGGCCUUCAUAGGUGCUGCUGCUACUCCGCUAACAGCGCCCUGCCCUGCAAAGUCUGUGGGUGGUGGCGGGGAGGAUCUGCGUGGUGUGUGUGUGUGUGUGCCUGCCUGUGUGUGUAUCUGUCUGUGUGUGUGUGUGGUAUCCGGGUGCACACGUGUGUUGCCAUCAUCACCCAGAGAAGAGGAGGAGGGAGGGGGUUGGUGCGAGCGCGUACUCGCACGCAAACGCCGCCGCCUUCCAAGCCGAUCUCGCGAAGCUCGGAGAAGAUUUGCCGCUGCUUUGGUUUUUUUUUGGUUUGCCGCCGAACGGCACCGGAGGUGGGGAGGGGUGCCGGGGGGUGGGGAGGGGUUGCGAGUUCACCGACGUCAACUUUGGGGUUUGGUUUUUUUUUUUCUCCAAUUGUUCAAAAAAUCUGCGUCAGUCGUUUUAUUUAAAGAUUGCACACCUCCUUACCCCCCCCCCGCCGCCCUCCCUACCACCCCUCCCUCCCCACCUUUUUCAUUUUCCAUUCCUUUCGGUCGCCUUCCCCCCCUCCCCCCCCUAAACUGAUCAUCAGCCUUUGAGAUGUUGCUUGUAAUCACGCGCCUCAUCCACUUUGUUUGUGUGUUCAGGCGGUUAAACCUUGAAGCGAUAAUUUUACCAAAAAAAAUCAAUAACUGACGAUAUUGGCCGGGGAGAAACGCGUCGCCCGCCCGCCCGCCCGCCAUCUAUUUUGUAUUUCAUUUUUCUCCCGAAAUUUUUUGUUUGGUGUUCAAGCGCGGCACCGUAUAUACAAGCCCCCGGGAAUCGACGGGGAGUUUCCCCGGGGCGGGAAAGAAAUCCAUCCGAGACCGUUGGGGAUUCCCCGCGCCGGGAAAGAAGUUCCGGGAUCUUUGGGGAUUUCCCCGGCGGGGAAUGAAGUCCUGGGAUCGCUUGGAUUCUGGAGAGAGAAAACGAGUCUGGAAUCGUUGGGCAUUCCAGAGAGGAAACAAGUCCAGAAUCGUUGUGGAUUCCCCUGGGCGGAAAGAGGUUCCGGGGAUCGUUUGGAUUCUGGCGCGGGAAGGGGAGGGGGGGGGGGUUGUCCGGGGAUCGCUUUGAUUCCGGAGUUGAUGACAAGUCGGGGAUCGUUGGGAUUCCCGGCCGGGGAAGAGGGGUCCGGAGAUUGGUUGGGAUUCCGGGGCGGGGAAGAGAUCCGGGGGGGGGGGGGGGUGGGGGGACGGGGUGGCGGGGGGGAGAUCCGUUGGGAUUCCGGGGUGAGGAGUCUGGCCAGAGUGGUGUGAGAGCGUACGUGUGCCUAGAUGCUUGAGCAUUUCACCGUGAAAUCAUUGGCGAGUCGCAAGCGCCGCGCUCCGUCCGCGCCCCUCUCUGCCUCUCCCUCCGGCCGCGUAGCGACGCGAGCGCCCGGAGUGUUCCUCCCGAUUCUGUGCCGUGCUUCGGGCGGAGUUAGGAGCGCGGGAAGAGGACGAGGAGGGAGACGCGCGGAGUUACGAAAUAAUAAUAAUAAAAAAAUUGCCUGAUUAACGAAUAAAAUGAAAAGUACAAAAAAAAGAUAUAUAACAACAUCGACGAAAAAUAACACGGAAACAGACUCGCCGAGGACCUUUUUUUUUUGUUUGAAAAGCUGUUCAAAGUUUGUAAAGCAGUACAACCGAAGCAGUUAAAAUAAAAUGCAAAAAUAAAGUAAUACCUAAUAAAGUGUGCAACGUCUAA